AUGGCAUCAACCUCUGCCUUAUCCCAGCAGCAUUCAAGCAGAAAAUCAAGCCACUUGGAAAAUGAAGAAAGAAAAUGGAUGAUGCACUAUGUAGCCCCAAGUGAUGAUGCUAAGCAGGAAGAAAUGACACCUUACUCCUUGCUUACUGUAAGAAUCAUAAAGUUGAAAAAUGCUCAUCAGGCAGAUUUUUUGAGCCAAUCUGAUUGCUAUGUGAGGCUCUGGUUGCCAACAGCUUCAGAUGAAAUAUUCCACACCAAAACCAUCAAAAACUGCAGAAAUCCUGUGUGGAACGAAACUUUCUACUUCCGGAUACAGAGAAAGGUCAAGAAUGUUCUGGAAAUUACUGUUUCUGAUGAUGAUAUCAUUCAUGAUGAUGACCGAGCAAUUGUGCUUUUUGAUGUAGCUAAAAUCCCCCUUGGGGAAAGAGUUUUUACAGCAUUCGCACUAACCCCAGAGGGGAAGGAGAAGCUGGAAGUUGAGUUUGUAUUGGAGACCAUACAGGGUCCUCCUGAAACCAUCAUCACAAAUGGGGCAAUAGUGUGUCGUGAAGAAGCCUGUUUAGAAGUUCACUUGGACAGCAGGAGGCAAAAGAAGCGUUUUUCAGAGAAUGAGCUAACAUUUACAGUGAGAGGAUCCUUUGAAGAAACUCAGACAGUUUCAGUGGGCUGUGACUCUCGCUCCCCUCUCCUAGAUCCCACUUUCUUCCACUAUGCCAGAUACAAGCAACCCUCCUUGGAUGUUGCACUCAGAAAGAAGAGGAAGCUUCCCACCUUUUGUGCUUGCAUGUCAUGUGGACCAAGGAGAAGUGUCCCCUUGACAAUCCCUCUGAAGUCACUCCCCUCUGAGCAGGAAGUAGUUGGUGAGGAAGACCUAGACGUACGCCUGGGGUUUGAUCUGUGUGCCCAGGAACAGGAUUUCAUCUGCAAGAGGAAGAAGGUGGUUGCAGCUGCUUUGAAGGACAUUCUCCACCUGGAGGAGGACUUGCAGGAUGAUGAGGUACCUGUGGUGGCAAUCAUGACAACAGGAGGUGGAACCAGAGCUCUGACAGCCCUGUAUGCUCACCUCCUCAGUGUGCAGGAAAUGAAUGUCUUGAACUGUGUCUCAUAUAUCACUGGUCUGUCUGGAACAACAUGGACCAUGUCAAACUUGUAUGAAGAUCCUGACUGGUCCCAAAAGGAUCUCAAGGAAACCCUCAAUGACGCCCGAAUGCAUGUACUUAAAAAUAAGUUUGUUACUUGUUUUGCCCCUGAUCGUCUGAAAUACUAUUUGGAAGAGUUGCGCCAGAGGAAACAGGAGGGACAUCAGCUGUGUUUCACGGAUCUGUGGGGACUCAUCAUUGAAACCAUGUUACAUGAUAAGGAGGACUGCCAUAAGCUCACAGAUCAGCAGCAGGCACUAAAUCAGGGUCAAAACCCCCUGCCCAUCUACCUCUCUCUCAAUGUGAAAGAUAAAAUCAGCGACCAGGAUUUUAGAGAAUGGGUGGAAUUCACCCCUUAUGAGGUAGGAUUCCCAAAAUAUGGCGCCUUCAUUCCUGCAGAAGAUUUUGGCAGCGAGUUCUUCAUGGGCCGCCUGAUGAAGAAAGUCCCAGAAUCCAGAAUCUGCUUUUUGGAAGGGAUCUGGAGCAGUGUAUUUUCCUUGAAUCUCAUGGAUGCUUGGUAUAUAUCUGUUAAUUCAGAAGACUUCUGGCACAAAUGGACACGAGACAAAAUUACUGACAUAGAUGAUGAAGCCAUAUUCCCCACAAGACCAAAUGAGCUGGAUACUCGAGUGGUUUGUCCUCCUGACAGCUUUUCAGAAAUAUUCCGAGAUGUUGCAAUGUUACGUCCAGCAGCCUCAGAAAUCCAUAACUUCCUGAAAGGCCUCCAGAUAAACAACAACUACCUAGAGAGCGAGUUUUCCAAGUGGAAAGACUGUGAGCUGGACUCCCAGCCCAACCAUCUGACAACAGCAACAGACUACCUCAUCCUGAUUGAUACUGCAUUUGCCUUUGCUACCAGUUACCCACCCCUUAUGAGGCCAGAAAGGAAAGUGGAUGUCAUUUUGCAUUUCAACUACAGCUCAGGCUCACAGACAGGGCCCCUGAAAGAUGCCUCUAAAUACUUUGCGAAACAGGGAAUUCCUUUCCCUACAAAGGUGCCAGACGAUCAGGAAACUCCACAUCUGAAGGAAUGCUACAUAGUUGGUGAUAAAGAGAGCCCAGAAACACCUAUUGUGAUAUUUUUCCCUCUAGUAAAUGACACCUUCAGGGAAUACAAAGCACCUGGUGUGAAGCGUAGUCCCUCAGAGAUGGCAGAGGGUGAGGUUGAUGUGGACAAUGCCUGUGGCCCAUAUUACAUAAACAAUCUGAGCUAUUCAGAGGAAAAUUUCGACAAACUGGUGAAUCUAAGUUACUACAAUGUCCAGAACAACAAAGAUUUGAUUCUUCAGGCCUUGCGUACCGCUGUGGAGCGGAAAAAGCAGUAUAAGAAAGAGCAAGCGCUGCAAAAACCACCCGGUGGCUGCAGCACGCGUGUGCCUGCCAGAGAGGGAACCCAGCACUUGGCUGACUGCCCAGCACCAGGGCAUACGAAAUAA